AUGGCGCCAAGCAAGGCAGUGCGGACAUGCAGGGCAGGGCAGCGCGACGGCGCGGGGCAGGGCAGCGUGGACGCGCCGGGCAGGGCAGCGCGGACGCGCAGGAUAGCGUGCGGGCAGACGCAGCGCGAGAGGCAGUGCACGCGCAGAGCACGGGCAGGUGCGGCGCACAUGGCAGCGUACAAGAGGCGCGGUGUGCGGGGCAGCGCACGGGUAGGGCAGCACCGCGCGAGCAGGUGCAGCGCACGGGGCAGCGUACGGGCAGGCGCUGCGCGCGGGGCCAAGGUAGCGCUUGCGGGCAGGCGUGGCACGCGGGGCAACGUACGGGCAGAGUGCACGAGGGGCAGCGGUGUGUCGGACAGGCACGGGGUUCACUUUUUAGCACAAACAGAGACCAGACCGCCCUUCGCGGCCCCGUCGCCGCCCCUAGCGGCCCCGUCGCCGCCCUUCCCAGCCCCGUCGCCACCCUCUCGCGGCUUCGUCGCCGCCCUUAGCGGCCCCGUCGCCGCCCCUUGCGGCCCCGUCGCCGCCCCUUUCAGCCCCUCCCCGGCCCCUUCACCGCCGAGCAGCCGAGCAGCCGAACCGCCGAGCAACCGAGCCGCCGAGCCGCCGAGGCCGCCGUCGAGCCACCACUGCCGAGCCGCUGCCACCGCGGUUGCCGCCCUGUUCCUUCCGGCGCGCCCCGGCCCUACCCACCUGGACUGGGACCACUUCCUCUCUGUUUGCCCCACCACACUCACCGUUGACCUCCUCGAGGAGCUCCUCCUGGCAGCUGAGAAGAGUAUAGUCGCUGUAGGAGCCUCUCGUGGUGACCCUCGUGCCCCCUUCUUUGAGGGGUGCUCCCCCUUCCCCCUGUUGCCCUCUGUUGCCUCUGCUGCUGCCCUUGACCUCGUUGGCUUCGAGUCGGUCAGAGCUGCGUCUGCCCCUAGCGGGCGACGCCGCACCAGCAAGGGCAAGGGGGGCAAGGGCGUUGGAGGGGCUGGCGGGGGCGGUGGAGGUGGAGGUGGAGGAGGCGGAGGGAGUGGGGGUGGUGGUGGGAGUGGUGGCGGGGUGCGAGGGCUCACCCAACGCUGCUUCGGCCGCCUGACGGACGCUUGGCGUCACCAGUUCCCUGACGCCACUGAGAUCCCUCGCUGGGGAGAGCUGUCUAGGGCGGGGGUUGCUAUCUUUGAUCUUGACUAUGAUGCUAUUCUUGCUGCCAUGUAUGCUGUGUCUACUAGUGAUGAGGGUGACUGUUACCUGUGUGUACUGCCUAACCCGGGCAUUGAGGCUGCUGCUCUAGGUGCUGGUGAGGCUGCUGCUCUAGGUGCUAGCGCGUCUGCUGCCCCAUGUGCUGGUGAGUCUGCUCUCUCAGGUACCAUGUCGGCUCAGGCCUUGCACACCUUCACCCUUGACUCGGGUGCUUCCCGCUCCUUCUUUCGCGACAGCACCACGCUUACGCCACUUAGUCGGCUGGUUGCGGUCUCCCUGGCGGACCCCUCUGGGGGUCCUGUCCUUGCUCGCUUCUCCACUGUCUUACCGUGUCAGGCAGCCCCCUCUGGCACCCUGUCAGGUCUCUACCUUCCCUCGUUCUCUACGAACUUGGUGAGUGGUGCUGACCUACAGGAUGGGGGGGUUGACCAGUUCACUCCUGCGGGUCAACGGGUGACCCACUGUACGUGUGCUCGGACGGGCCGACACUUGGCCACGUUUACCCGUCGGUCGGGGUCGAGCCGGUGCACACUGACUACUGAGUCCCCUCCGGUUGCUGAGUCUGGUUAG